AAGUUCGAACCCUUCAGUUGGCGCUCUCCACCCGCUGGGAAAAGGUUAUUCCAUGUAAGACGACUCAUCGCACCUAAAAUAAUCGUGGUGGAUGUUGAUGUGAAGUGUAUUGAAGGUGGCGUCGUGAGAUAAAGUGUGUACGCGUAACCAUACUGGUCUACAAUGCCAGCCAGUAGUUUGUUUGCCGAAAUGGAGCGGCCAACCCCGACUCCAAGCACCUCCUCCUCCACAAUGGAUGAACAAAGGGCACUGCAGCUCGCCCUCGAACUAUCGUUACUCGGAUUAAACAACGAAUCCACGGUGCCCACGAGUGAACCUCCCGAGCAUUUUGUAGUUCAAGGCUUGGAUGCCGAAAGAGCUUCCAAAAGAUCCCAAAAUAUGACGGAGUGUGUAGCGGUGCCCUCGUCCGAGCACGUGGCCGAGAUCGUUGGAAGACAAGGAUGCAAGAUCAAAGCUCUUCGUGCCAAGACCAACACCUACAUAAAGACACCCGUCAGAGGGGAAGAACCAGUAUUUGUUGUUACAGGGCGUAAGGAGGAUGUAGGAAUGGCCAAACGAGAAAUACUGUCUGCUGCUGAACAUUUCAGCCAGAUUCGUGCCUGUCGCAAGAACAAUCUGAAUGGAUCAAUGGCACCUGGACCGCCCACUAAUGUACCAGGACAAGUGACCAUUCAGGUGCGUGUUCCUUACCGUGUUGUGGGUCUUGUUGUGGGACCUAAAGGUGCCACUAUCAAGCGCAUCCAACAGCAAACCCAUACCUACAUCGUUACACCAUCGAGGGACAAGGAGCCAGUGUUUGAAGUUACUGGUUUGCCAGAAUCUGUUGAACAAGCUAGAAAAGAGAUCGAAGCACAUAUUGCUAUGCGAACGGGUGGCCUGCUGGAUCAGGAUGAGCCCAAUGCUGCAGCAGCAGCACAUGCUGCUGCCGCUGCUGCUGCUGCAAGACACCAUGGGGAUUUUCCACCACCCUCCCAUGGCCUUGACAACAUUUUCAACCCCAAUUCUUCAGAGUUGGUCUCAUCACUGUACAAGCUCAACAACUCCUCGCUCAAUGGACUCGCCUCAAUUAACAGCAUUACCGGAGCUGGUCUCAAUGGUUUAACAAAUGGUCUCAACAACAGUCUUUCGAAUGCCUCCAGUCUCAGUGGCAUUAAUGGUCUUAGUGGCCUCAGUGGGAGUGGUUUAAAUAACACACUAAGUGGUGGUAUGAAUGGGCUGAAUAAUACAUUGAACAACUUGAAUACGUUGAACCAGCUCAAUGACCUUAAUUCUGCCUUCACACUGCUGGGAGAUGCUGGGUCAUCUCUCUUAGGGUCUGGAAGCAAGAGUGGGGGGAGCACCCUAGAUUCUGCUCUUUUUUCAUCCUUCAGCAGUAGUGUUGCAGGUGGAAAACUAGGCAGUAAUGAUGUAACUGGUAGUGGAAGUGGUGGACUGGGUUUGUAUGGGGUAGAUGAAGGUUUAGGAUCCCUUGGUUCAUCAAUGGGGUCCUCUCCAUCCUUUGAUCCAGCUCCAUCGAGUAUAUGUGAGCUUGGAAGGCCAUUGGGUAAUAAUAUGAGCUCCACAGUUAGCUCCAGCUCUUCCCUGAGUUCCACAUUUUCUUCCCUUUCUUCAACACUGUCCUCAUCACUGACACGCAGGUCGUCGUCAGUAUCUGGAGCAUCUCCACCCUCGUCUCGUCUGUCUCCUUCAUUGGAAACCCAUCCUCCUGCCAGACGCAUUAGUUCUGAUCCAGCUCCUGGGCUUGCAGCAGCCCCUUCACUGGCAUCGCUCAAUUCUGCUCUUUCAGGAGGGUUAGGGGGAUUACCCACCUCCUCUCCUUCAUCUUCAUCCCCAGCUUCCACCCCAGAUCUGAAUCAUCAAAUGAACAGCUUCCAAUGUGGGUCUGGAUUACCUGCCCCAGCCACCUCCACCUCCACAACUACCACUACCAUUGCUGGUAUGAAUCAGCUUGUCAAUGGCUUGGAUGAGAAGAAAAGGUGUGUUACUUGCUGUGAGUCUGAGGUGGUUGCUGCUCUUGUUCCAUGCGGGCAUAAUCUCUUUUGCCUGGAUUGCGCCAACAAGUUGGAAUCUGAAGCAGCUGAGUGUCCCAUAUGUCGCAUGAAAGUAACCCAGGCCAUCCGUAUCUUCUCGUAACGCGCCGCUUGCAAGGAUUGCAGGAAGCCAUCCAUAUUUGGUUGGCACUUAGGGCAACUAGCCCUCAUCUUACCCCCCACCAUCAGCAUGUAGAAAGUAUAAUAGUCCUUAUAUAUAUCUGCAAAUUAAAGAAUAUUAUCUUUAAAAUUAAUCAUGGAUUUUUUUAUUAAAGUACUGAUAUAUUUUUAUUUAAUUUUCUCUUCGAAUGUAAGGCAUUUUUAUUAGUGUGUAUUGGGUGACAGUAUGGCCCCAGGCUUGGCAUUGUUUAUGUCUGGUGGUCAAGCCAUCGGUGCUGGUGGCGCAAGUCCUUCAAGUCAGAAUGGAGAACAGCUGUCGCUAGGCUGUGAUAGGCAGGUAGCAAAUGCUCCUAUGGCACCCGCUGCCAGCCAACAACUGCCAGAGGGAGUGGAAACCCCCCCUCUGAUCUCCCGCUGUUUCCUGGGUACUCAGGACGGCUGGGACUGGGUUGGGCAUCACACGUGGCACUAAAUAGAGCGGCGCUAGACUUUUCCCACCACCCGCUCACACCCAGAUCUGAUCAUCAUCACUCCGCCCGCUGUGCCAAUGGAAGCCCUAUUCAGUCCCUUUGAGCCGCCUCACAACGAAUGCUACAUAUCCUUCUCUCAAACUCUGCUCUGUAAAUGAGCAUCACAGCCACCCACCAACUAUGCCCCUCUACAAAGAGAGAGAGAGAGAGAGAGAAGAGAAUGCCUACCCACCCAUGGAGAAAUGAAGCUAUGGGUUGGGGUGCGGGUGGCAAGGUGGCCAGUGGAAAAAGGAAAAAAAAAAAUCAAAGUAUUUACAAAUAAAUUUAAAUAAAUGAAGGAGGCACCAGGAGCAGGAAGAAAUCUUAUUUUGCCAACUGCAGGUUGAUAAUUAAUUGUUAACUACCUUCAGAAUGUAUAAUCCAGUUAAGGGAUAGGCAAUGUUUAUGUCCCAACCAACAUCAGAACGAUUGACUCGUGCCUUUACUCCCACCACUCCUUUACUACUUAGAGCCGUCACCAUAUACCACCUCCAUAGUCUCAUGUCACACAUUCUCAUAUUCCUACAAGUAUCCCCUCCUCAGAAGUCAUUUCCUGUUUAUAGAAUAUUUAAAAGAUAAAAAAAGCGGACAUUAAACUCAACUACCCAUCCAUUACGUGCCGUUUAUACCUCAUUUGGGUGAACUGACGCAUAGUUCACCCCCUCCAACCCCCAUAAAACUCCAUCAACAUCACCAUCAUCAUUAUCAUGGUGAUAUGGCCACUGGACCCUCACCAGGCUAUGCCCACUGAGCCACCGACCAUAGAUUUGACCCUGCUUGUGCAUUCAUGUAAUGGAAGCAAUACAGUGAUAUUAUCUAUAGUCAUAGUGCUUAUCUAAGUUCUUGCUCAUUAUUGAUAUAUAAAUGGAAAUAAAAACUGAGAUGUGAAAAAACUUUAUUUUGUAUAGAUGAAAAUCAGUAUUCUAGACCAAUCUUUAAUUUCCAAUAUAUUUAAUUAUCAAUGCCUUUUUGUGAUAAUGUUUGUUUUUGUCUGACUUGAAGGACUCGGAGCGCCACGCACUUUUUAUAUAGAAACCUUUUUUGUACAAGAUAUUCUUAUUCUUCUUCAUGAGACCUGUAACAGAUGGGAUGGCCUUUGGCCUCACGCACUAUUCAUGUCGUGGAGGAAAGGAGGGGCUGUCAAGACAAGUGGCUAAGUGAAACUGACUUCCAUUCUCUUGCACUGAGGUUGGAUGGUCGCAAGAAAGAGUUGGAUAAAUAGUUUUAAUCAUUAAAGUUGAAGCUUAAGAUGCCCCUUUGAUUAUUCUAUGGCCUAGCUCUUGAUCUCAGAAUCCCCCUUUUGUAAUGAAGUAGUCCAUGCAAUUAGCCAGUGGCCUUCCCAGCUCUUGCCUGUGUCAUGAAUGAGGAUUGCUAUAAUUCCCCCUUCCCUCAUCUCCCUUCAUAUUAUUAUUAUUAUUAUUGAUAAUAUAAAAUCAGUCCUACCAGAUAUGUUGUAUGAUUGUAAACAGGAGUGUUUGUAUAGGUUGGCCCAAGAGAGACACUGUACUACUGUACUGUUACUAUACUUGGGGGUUGUUUAAACCCCCCUCCCUCUUGACAUUGUUUUCCUAAUUACUCCCAAAUGCUCUCAACACAAAGGUUAUUGAAAGCUUUGUGGAAUUUUUCCCUUCAAGAAAGAAGAGGAGAUAAAGGGAAAGUUGUUUAGUUUUUAAGGUAAUAUAUAUUUUUUGUCUUAAGAUUUAUAUUUUUCUUUGCUUUUUAAUGAAAGUCUACAGUUGAGUGUUUUAGUUCCUUUAUGAUAUAUUUUUUCUACCUAUCCUUAAUAGAAUUUUUGUAUGUACCCAAGGUAAAGGGUACUGGGCAGGAAAGUAUGAUAGAUAAUAAUCAGAGAUAUAUAUAUAGAAGGGGAAACCUUAAUAUAUAUUUAUAUUAUAAAUUUAAUCCUUGGGCCUCCCACUGCUACACUGCCUGUCAUUUCCCCCUCACGCUAUUAAAUACCCAUAUAUAAUAUAUUAACAACCCAUGCAUUCUCACUCCUAGUGUCGCAAAUUUACCAUGAUAUUCAGAACAUUAGCUUCAAACAAAAAAAAAAUGAAUAAAUUCGGAUGUUGCCUAGUGGCAAAUAAGGUUUUAAAGAAAAUAUAGAAAGACCUUCACUAAGGGCACGUGAAAAAUCACCUCUGAAGGUUUGUAGGUGCAAAUUUUGUGAGUUGUUUCUUUAAGUGAGAAGUUUAUGAUUGAUCCAUUUGUAUAUAUACAUAUAUAUAUAUAUAUCUUGCUGCCCUAGAAUAAUUAUUGACAAUGUGCGAUACACUACUUGGAGCGGGAAAAGAAGCCUAAUAGUUUAAAUGUUUGACCCUUUCGAUUCUCACCUGAAUUCUUUAUAUUCAUUGUGUGUCAAUGUCUGCUUGGGAUAGUAUGGAUUUGAUAUGUCACCAGUUCAGGGAUUGUGAGCCUACGAGCUGCAAGGAGGGACUUGGUUGUGUGGUGGAUUAUGACCAGAUGGGUCGCCAUAAUAGGCUGUUAUUUUAAAAGUCAUGAGAUUUAUCACAGAAACAUCCCUUGCACUGCUAUGUCCACCACUCAUCCACGUCAAGACUUGAGCUAUUGGCCCAAGAUCGUUGACUAUGUCACAUAAUUUUUACACAGACGUUAGGGAAAAGGGCUUUUCUCCAUCCUGUUCAUGAAACUUGACCUUUUAUCCCUUCUAAUUCUUCUUGCAUUUUGUAGCAUUGUUUUGUGGUAGCUGCUUCAAUUUUUCAACUGAUAGUUUAUAUAGCUGUCUUCAAGCUUCUUUCUAUCUCUUCAACCCCAUAUGCCUAAUGGAUGAAAUCAUGUUAGUUACUGAGAAUGCCCUUCUCCCAUACCUUGUAAAGAUCCUCUUGUAUAAUUAUAAACUAAUGGUAAACCCGCCCCUUGUAUCUUACCAUAGAGCACAACUUAUGCUAUUUACAAAAGAUGAAAGUUUAAGUAGUUUUUCAUAUAUCUAUUUUAAUAUAUAUGAUUUAUUAGAGGAAAUUUAUCGUGUACUUUGUUUGUGUAGCCUAGAUUGAGUGAUCUAAGAAAUUAUUUUUAUUACUUUAUUUCUAUAUGAAUUUCUGAGGACAUCAGAAUGGCAUAGUUAAGGUGUCCUAAUCUCUAUUGUAUGGACGUGAUGUAGAGGACAGAUAAAGAAGCAUUAUUUUUCAUUAAUUUUUAAAAGAGCUGAAAAACCACAUCGCCUUUGUGUUUGCUGUCGUGAUGUGUAAAUUUCACUAUGUAAGAGCACCAGUUUCAGGGAGUUUUGACAUGAGUGGUCGUUCCAUCUCACCUGGAAAGAAUACAUGUGUCAGUGCUGCCGAAAGUUGUGAUUUUACUUACCCUGUGCUAGGGAUCCUUUUUCCCAGCUCGAGGCGUUAAAUGACGCUGAGCCAUAAAUAUGCAAAAGGUAUAAAUAAAGCAAACAAUAUAUACAGUUUAGGCAAAACCUAUGUAUUAUGGUCGACCUUCCCUUGCUGGUAAAAAGGCACCAUGGACUUUAUACUCUUGUCAUGAGUCUUUGAGAGAUCUUCAAAGUAGUAGAUUUGUUACUGUUGCCAUGUGGCUUAGCACUUUUUUCGCCCCGACCUGCAUGCUUGUCACUCCCCUAGUUGUUGGGAGGGAGAGUCCAGGUCCCGCAUAUUUGCAGUGUGUUGUUGAGGAUGCGGGUGGUGAGGACAUUUCAGUCGAAACCGAAAAUCUUUCUACCAGUCUUAAGUUGGGUCUUCUUAGAAUUUGCAUGGAAGGCUUUGUUUAGUUCCACAUUAGGGUAGUUAGGCAGUUGAACUGCUAAUAUAUUGAAGUUAAAAAGGUAAUGUCAUUAGGUUUGACACUUCUUGUCCUCAUCGCCCCAUCCAAUGCCCUGGACACCAUCGAGACUCACUUUAAGGUCAACCUCUUAAGACUUAGUGUUUUACUUAUUUAUUGUCUUUCCUUUUCCCUUUGUACUGAGGCCUCCUCCUCACUCAAUUAUAGAACAUCCAUCCCUGUCAAUCAGUCGCCAACAGCUGUUGCGACAUGUCACUAUCAAUCAAAUGUUUGGGAGAAAUUUGAAUAUGAGCAUUGAAUAGGAGGUUUGAGGUGAACCUUGAAGUUGAAUCUUUAUGGUCCUCGUUUUAUGGUCCAGGAGGUUCUCCUUGAUUCAGAACUCGAUGGAAAUGUUUUGUCAGCAGCUGCUUCGUUCCAUGGGUCUUCCAGUACAGCGUUGAACAACUGUCGUCAGUGUCAUAAGUUAGUUCACAAUACCUAUGCACUCUAAUCCGUAAUGAGUUUAUUUUUUGUACUUUUCUACAAUGCCGUAUAUAUAUUGUAUGGUAAUUUUUCAUAAAAUCGUAGUGUAUACUUAGAAUGAUAAAAAGUGAAAAAAUACCAAAAACAUUUUAUGCUUCUUUAUCAAGGCUUCCCCACAUUAAUCGGUGUUUACAGGGAAGCUGAUAGGGUGUAAGCCACAGAUCUGUCACAUAGGCUAAUUCCCCUGAAACCAUUCACCUGUUUGUGCAUGGAUAAGCUUGCCUUUGUGACAGUUGGUGGAUUACGUUCGGGCACAACUUUUGCAAUAAUUGAUCAAUGAUUGCUACACUAUUUUCAGAGAGAUUUUUUGUCAUUAAUGCUAAAAAAUAAAAAAAAAAAACAGCAAGUCAAUUAACCAGUCAGUCAAGUCAGCGUAUGGGUACCCCUGUUUAUCGCUGGGGAUAAAUUAUUAGUUCUUGUUUAGGUUCUACAAGGUGAGAGUGGACUCGAGGAAUCAUGACUUUCUGGUCCCUCAGGUCUUGGUACGUUGAUGCAUGGAAUUUGUUUGAUCUCAUGACCACUUUAAUUUUUAGUGGGAAUUUGAGCAGCGCCCAAAUGUAUUGCAGGUUAUCAGGUCAUUGAGAGGGGUGUCCAUCUUAAUGAAAAAACAAAAACCAAAAAAAAGUUCAGAUAAGUUCGUGGGAGGCUUUUUUAAACUGGGUGCCAUACGCUGUAAUGUAAUGGCAUUCUUGAAGGAAAUUUGGAGUUGGUAGUGGUAGCGAGGCAUUCCUUUUUUGAAUUUCUCAUUUCCUGAGACAAUCCUAUCUGAUAGGCUAGAGAUUUUUUAAAGGGGCAUUUUUUGCUAUCUCUAACCACCUGAUGAGAAUAUCUGGACAUUAUCAAAAUUCAUGGGGACUAAUUUAGCAGAGAACCUUAAUAGGUAGUUUCUGUAGAUGUAUUAAAUCUGAGAAUUACGUAAUUUCACAGAACACCAUCAGUGUGCCCCAUAUAAAUAGAUAAUAACUUAGAUUUGUUCGUCUUCAUGAACUUUGUUGUGAUUGGCCCCAGUGACAUCUAUCUCUUCUAUGUACUGUAGUAAGUUUAGACUGCUUUACAUCAGCAGUAAUAAGGUAUGUUUUAGUGAUCAAGUACUGUGUUGGAACAGUGUGGAAAAGGGACUAUUUACAAAUUCACUUGAGCUGUAAAUCAUGAAUCUCUUAAAUUGAAGCACUUGAGAUGAAUCAUCUUUGGUCAAGUUUGAUUUUCCAGCGGAUUGUUCUUUGGCUUGCACCUGCUCAGUAUUUUGUAUGUUCAACAGUGUUUCAAUAUUAAAAAUAAAUUGCAGGUUCAUCAUGUCUCAUUUUGUGGAAUGUGACCUUCUUCAUGGAAUCCUUGUCAUUAUUACAGAUUAUUCUCAUGUUUGGAGUAAUCAUUUAAAGUCCUGACGCCUUGAUAGGAAGUCAAACUCGUCAUUUUAAGAACUUCCAAAAGCAGUUUCCCCAUCAUAUCCCCCCCCGCAAGUUCCACUCAUGACAUAGUCUCUAUAAACAUAUAUACAUUAUAUAUAUAUAUAUAUACAUAUAUAAAUAUAUUUCAGUAUCAACUAUAUUCUCGUAGAGGUGAGCGUUCAUACUUCUUUAAUGGUAUAAUAAUAGUAAUGAGGACUUGAAUAACAACUGCAUUACCUGAAAAAAAAAAAAUAAUAAUAGAAGAACUACUUUGAUGCAGGUGUAGGAUGGUCUCCCAACUUAGGUUCAAUUGUCUAUUCAGGUGAAUAUUUCUUUGCAUCUACUGCUCUGAAUUUUAAUGGCAGCCAAACUCCAACUUUAUCAUUAUAAAUUUUACCCCAAGUUCCCACAAUGAAAAGAGUUUCCUUAUUAUCAGAAGUUUUUAUUAUUAUAUCUGAUAUACAGUAUGCCAUAUUUUAGAGUUUAUAUCAAAUAAUGUUGUAGGCCUAUGUAAUAGUUAAAAAGAUAAUCUCUGCCGCAAAGACUUGAGAGUAUAAGGUCUCUUUUUAUCUCAUAAUCCGUCAAAAUUGUAAUUUCAGUAUUUUAUAACAUUUGCAUUUAAGUAAUAUGGUCUCAUGAAAUGAAAUCCUUAGAUAAUCAUGGGGUAACUCUUCCACUAUUUUUGGACUUAAUGCUUCUAUUCUUGUGGCUGGGACUGAAAAAAAUUAAUUGCUACUCAAGAUUUUAUGUAGUUUGCAGUCAUUAGGGGUAUUUUUGCGGAUUAUAGAUAAGACAUUUUGGAAUUUUUAAAAGAAACUCCAGCUUGUAGAGAGGACAACUAUGACACGCAUGUUGCAGCAGGGAGGCUCCCAAAGCCAAAAGCAUAUGCUCAUUAUGGGUGAUCCCACCGGCGAUUAUGAUGGGUACUGAUGCAAGAAGGAUGUCUCACAUCCUUAGUAUAUGGGAUGUAGCGAGUAUUCCCAAAUGCAAAAGUCCUGUGUUGUCGUAGCACUGCCAACUGUUCCGACUCAUAAUUGCUGGCUAGAUUCACUUUAUUUUUCCCAGUAUUCAGAUGUGAGGCUGAGAUGUUUGUAGGUUUUCACCAUUCAGUAUUCAAGGACACAGUUUAUUUGUAAGUACCAUUUGUGGAAUUGCUGUGAAAAGAAGAAUGAAUAUUUAACAUGUCAACAAAUUUGUAAUACUAGUGUUUGAUGAAUUAAAACAUGAGCUCUUGAAUUAAAUGACUUGUGAUUGCCUACCACAUACAGUCCGUGGACCUCUUCUCGUGCUCUUUGGUAUUGUUGCCUUAUAACUGCAGGCUGGGGGACACACGCCAAUACAAGCAAAUCCAUUUGAAAUUAGUCUAGUUUCAACCUGUAAGUGAGGUUUUCUUGUGAUUACAAAUUUGUAUGUUCAGCUAUGGAGAGAGAGCAAAAAAAAGAAUUCAAUUGGCUAUUGGACUGCUUGUAAAACGUUAUCCCUCAGCUUCUUUCUGGCCAUCAAUAGUUAAUAAAUAUUUAUAGUUAUUAUGUAAUAUAUUCUUUAUAAUGCUGAUAUAAAAUGUAAAAAAAAGAAAAAAAAAUGAGCAAAAAAGAGUAGCUCCCAACCCCCAAAUCCCCCCCUCCCCCUGAAUAUAUCUCCGCGAGUAUGACUUCUGAGGCAGAAAGGGACCAUGGGCAGGGGUGUAUACAUCAAAGCUUGCUAUUACUGUGGGUCAUAGAAGGAACUCUCAGUGAGCUGACACUUAUAUGAUGGCUUUCCUACAUCUUGCCACUGUUAGUCACAAGUACACUUAACCUCUGAAGCCCAGUUGCCCCUCUCAAUAAGCCAUAGGAAGCCUCGCACAUCGACUGCUUCAUUUUGCAUGUUUUGUAUGAUGUUCACUUUAGAGAUGUCAUAUCUGGGAGGGAGUCACGAGUCUCUGGACCCUUUUAGUCAAUACCGAGGGGAAUGCUUUGAUAGCAUUUUGCUUGCACUGUUGCCACGCAGGUCUCGUCGUAUUGCUAUUCACUUUGCUCUCGGUCUCGAGAGGGCCCAUGUUUUUGACCGCACCAGGGGAGAGGAAAUGGCUUUGAAGAUAAUUAGUAAGCAAGAUAGCAAAGCAGAAUGGCCUGUUCAAGGGGGUUAAUUUUUGCUGCUAUUGGGUCACCUGUACAUGUUUGUUGUGCAUCCAACAUUGAUUUUGUUCUUUUAUAACCAAGGAUAUUAUAGGUAGAAUCCAAUAAUUUUUUAAGGCUUUCCUAAUGUCUGGAGUAUUUCAGGAAGAAUUUCCUUAAGACCCAGUGUGUGCGUUUAGUUGAACUUGUAGUCUCGAGGGAAAAUUUCUUGCUAAUUGUAAUGUACUGUAAUUCACAGUACUUAGUUAUGCUCAUAAACCCAUUUGCUCACUAAAUUGAGUUCUCUGUAAAACUCCUUCACAAUCUGUGUUUUGAAAUUAAUGACAGUUUUUCUGGUUAGUUUUGUGCCCAAUAUGUGUUGCUGUUCCCAGAGGCUGAUAAUGUGAGAAGCUGUUUGAAAUUUAUUUUCAAAGUUAAAAUGCUCUCAUCUGAUGUACUUCUGUAAUAUGUUUGACAGGCCAAUUGUAUCAUACCUAGUUUUAUUUUUGUAGUAGAAAUCUGUAGUUAUAUGUUCCUAAGUGAAGUUAGUAGAAUGGUUGUUUAACUUUAAUUUUUUUUACACUGUUAAGAAUGUUUUUCUUUGACUUGAGUGCUCACUUAUAUAAUCUAGCUUAUGCUUUUUUGUUUUUCUCUUUAAGCCAGGAAUUUGUUUCCUGAUAGAUAAACUUAACGCCUGUACACCCUACAUCCUUUCAUAAGUUACAGGUGACCCCUCUCCUCUUGCAAAAAUUGUCCUCACUUCCAGAGUUUCAAGUUGGCUUGGCCUGUUGGCAUUUACCAAACCACAUUGUUGGAUAACAAUUGUGGUCCAUAUAAUUUUCAAAUGCCAACUGUCAUUCCACUUUGUACGUCUUGUAGGUAGGGGAAAUAUCAAAUCAAGAAUGGGUUUCAUUUUGUGUAUGAGCGAAAGGAAGGCAUGGUUCAAGGAAACACUAUCUAGUACUGCGAUAAUGUUUGAGUCAUGACAGUUAUUUGUUUUUGGUUGGGGAGCCGUUACAUUUUUCCAACCAAGGAAGUAGUUGUCAUGGUUGCAAUGCUGUUGUCGUCUUUUGAGAUGGUUUGCUGUGGAAUGGUUAUUAUUAUUAGUGCAAGUUAGAGCAGCCUAAUCAAUAUGGUAACUAUCAUGUAUAAGCUCCUGCUGACCAGAGGUGUAAAGAUGGUUGUUACCUGCUAUUGCAAACAAAUCCUGCUUUCAUUGAAUAGAUCAUAUACAAUAUAUUGCUUGAUUAACAAAGAUGCUGAUAUUCGUAUAUAGGUGAUGUUAACCCUUCAGGUGUUUGAGGUUUGUUAGUGUGUAAUGAAUGUUCUGAUGGAAAGAGAAAUUACUCCAGGAAGCAAGUAUUUUUUUCAGUGACCAGUGCAUAACAUGUCUCAAUGUGAGAGAGUAAAAGGUGGGUGUCCAUAUCUUUUGAUGAAUGUCUGAUGACACCACUGUCCCAGUUGCUGGUAGUAUGAAAUCUGAGGUUGGAGCUCCAGUUGCUGUGUGUCUGGAGUCAGAGGAUGGAUCCCAAAAUCUUGUGGCUUCAGAAUUUAGGUUUGACUUUAGGAGAGCGCAGGUUAUGUCUCCUGUGAGUUGAAAGAAUUGAUUGAUUGUCGAGACAGGAGGAAAAUAUUAAACGCUGCUGUGUAUGGAGCGGUGGUGGCCUUUCCUUCUCCCUGAAAACCUCCUCUUUGUGUUUUUGUUUUGACAGUAUAGUUAUUUUCGCAGAAUGACUCGUUAUAAUAAUUCUCUCAUACCAUCACCAUCCGGGAGAGCAGGAGAUAUUCUUGAAGAUCUCUUGAAUUAUAUUCUCUUCACUCUUAACCAGAAAGCAAUAACAUAUACUCGGUAGUGUGUACAUUGUCAAUUUGAUAUUGUGACAUUUUUUCAAAGUUAAUAUGAAUGAGAAACAAACGCCAUGGACUGGCAUUGAUGUGAAAUGAAGCCAAAAAUGUAAAAAAAAAAAUAUAUAUAUAUAAAAUAUUACAAGUAAAACUGGAAUCAUACAGUCAAAAGUAUCAGCCAUUCUUUGUCAUUACGAAGUAGUGUAUUUUUUCACCAUCUUGACCAGUGGCGUGUCCGUGCUGUAGCUGAGUAGCUGUCGACAGAUUUGGUUGUGUCAUAGACGGUAUCAUCCACCUUAUAAUAAAAGGACAGGUGAGGCUAAGGUUUUAGUCGAUGCUCACUUGUCAGCAAAAUGAAAAUUUUCUUGUGAAUUAAGUACUAUUUUGAUACAAAUUUUGUAUUACAAUUGAGAAGACUUGCAUACUAUGUGCCUAAUCGGUUUUAGGAACUGUAACAAAAUGUGUUACUGCAGAAUUUCUUAAAAGAGUAGAGCAAUGGCUACCUAUGCUACAUCUAUCCUGGUGGGUUUUGUACAUCGUGUGUAAGGUUCUGUAAGAAUCCCAGGUCCAUCCCUUUCCCCAACCCUGCCCAUUUCCCCCCUCUCAAUUUCCCCUGGGGGCAGACUAUUUACCUGCGUGUUUUAAGUUGUUACACUUGCAUUGUGUCAAAGUGAAGGCCCUCUUACAUACCUUGUCUUUCAGUUGCACCCAGAAUUUUUAGAGCUGUUCUACGUGUCCCUCUCGAGAGAUUGCGUUUAUUUAUGUAGAGAAGUAAUACUGAACUUUGUUCAUUUCAGAGCCUUCUUAUUUUUGCAUUGUAGUGUUGAUUUUAUAUACAGUAGUAGUUUUUUUUUUUAACUUUUAAGUCAUGUUUCUGUGUUUUUCAGACUUAAGUGUAUAAAAGUUUGUCCCCUCUGGGAUCUGUCCCUCCUUUCCCACCCCCCCUAGUCCCGCGUUUGUAGAACAGGGUUGUGUCCCCCCUCCCCCCCCUCACCUUAACGCCCCACCUACCUCUUCUCCCUCCUCUAAGAAACCCUCAGUGGUAGCCCCUUCCUUCUUGGUGUAUUGAGACAACAACCACUUUUUAAUAUGCUGUUUGUAUAAUGAUAUUUAAUAACCCAGUGUUUUUCUUAUAAGACAUUCAUAGCUAUCUGAUGAUAAUAUCCUUUUCCUUAUCGUCUUCAGAGUCGUCUUCGUGGUAUAAUGAACUGCUAAUCUAUUUUGCUACUGUUUAAAUAUAUAGUUAUUAUUAUUAAUAUCCAUAUUGUACAUUUAUCUAGGUUUAUAUAUUUUUUGUUAUCGUAGUACUUUUUUACAUGGGCAUCUUAAAUAUUAAUAAAUAAUCUUUAUUAUUAGGUAAUUGUAGGAGUUUUUGAUUUGUGUCAAUGGAAGCCGGUGUUUGUCCUAGGCUCUCUACUCUGAUUUGACAAAGAAAACGUAAACUAGUCAAGGAUUUGAUUUUUUUCUUGUGCUCCACAUACUCGUGUCAUUUCAAUUAAGGUGAUGAAACAAAAAUAAGAAAUGGUGUUUUUGGUCAUCUGUCUUUGAAUGUAUCAGGCAUUUUUAUUAUAGUAUAUUUUUGCUCUCAAAGUGAUAAAUAAUUGUGCUUAAAAUAUUUUCAUGUCUGUUAUUACUGUGUGGACUCUGCAAGUAAUAUUUAUCAUUGGGCAGUGCUGUCUUCACAACCAGCAUUACUUAUAGGCUAAAGAAUCUAAAACAAAUAAAAAAUCUUAUGUUUUUAUAUACAGUAUAUAGAUAUAUAAUAAUGGUAAGAGUCCUCUUGGGUGGCUGCGCACCAUUUCUCCUUCCCCAGAAUCCUUUAUAUUAUUAGUAACCAUUAAUCCCAUUCGAAUUCCUGUGUAAAGAGUAAUAAUAAAAUAUAUAUCAGAAGUUAAAACUAAGACAAAAUAUGGGAGUUCCUUUGGGAGAGACGCUUUUUAUAUGAAGAAAUUCAGGUCGCGGCCAACCCACACCAAGUAAAGACUCAAUUUUAUAUAUUGAUCACAAUAGUUUUAUUUUCCUACUAUAUUUGUGUGUUUAUUUUGAAUAGCAAUAUUGCUUUUAUGUAUCCUCUUUUGUAAGAUUUUUAUUUAUAAUUUCUUUUGCAUGAAAGCCUGUGUCUUUGUUAUGUUUGUCAGCCAGGAAAGGAAGGAGGGGUCUCAACCAUGAAUUAUUCUCGUUGUUUCGGCUAUACCCCCAAAGAGCCCGCAGAUAUUAUAAAUAAAUAAAUAAUACUGUAAUAAUAAUUACCCUCAAACCAUAUACACUGUAGUUCCAUAUUAAGAUAAUGUAUUCCCAUAUAUUUUUAUUAUUGAUGUUCCAUAUGCAUAUUAUUAAAAUAAUGAGAAAAGAUGAGAACAAAGCCUAUUUUGGAGUUGAUACCUCUUCGUGGUGAGUAAUGAACCACGGCGGUACUUAAUAAAUAAUAUAUGUAUGGUUAAUUUUUCAUGUUUGCUAAUAAUUUUAUUUUCUGAUUUUUGUGAGAGUGAUUCAAUAGAUAAAUAAUAAAGUUACAUGUAUUAAAA